UGUAAAUCCAUUUCUGUACCUAUCCCUAGGGUCCUAUCUUUUUGUUUGUUUGUUUUCUGGAUCAGUGUAUGCAUGUUAUAGUCGCAACCCCCCUAUAAUACACCGAAACACGAGCUUGUUUAAAUGGGAAAAAGGAAGAACAGAAAAAGAAAAGAAGCUAUCCACAGGUACUUCACAGAAACCGAUAUCUCGAAGAAACGCAAAAGGUUCACAUUGCGCAGUUGUUGUAUCCUGAUCGUCAUAUCGUGCUAUACCCCCUCGAGGAUAUACAACGAUGAAUCCAUCCAACAAAAGCGAAAGAAGACACACGAAAACAAGAAAGGGUUGAGUCCGGCGUGAACGCAAGGUAUCCUAGCAUGGUUUGGUACUGCAAACUACCCACCCAUUCAUAAAUGACAUCCUGUCCGGCAGAAAGGUAUAUUUAAUUGAACUAGAUGUUAGUCGAUUUAUCAUAUGGUCAAGCUUCCCAAAUGCUUCGUAUCCAUAUGGUCGAAGCCAUAAAUAGAAGGAAAGGGAAAAAAAAAAAAA